GCGGAACGCAACAGUUAAAGUGCAUGCGAAGCAGGCUCGUGAAAGCACAGGAAACGUUUGCUUUCAUCAUCAUCAUCAUCAUCAUCCAUGGACCAAAUACAGUCUGGGAGCAGUCUGCUCAGAUAUCUGGAUGGAGAAUUCUGGGAGAUUAAAGAUGCGCUGCGGGAAGAGAUUCCCAAGUGUGAGCUCUUUCAGUCCAGCAGUUAUGAACUGACCCUGGAUCAGAACAGAGACCUGACUGCAGACAGGUUUCAUCAUAUCCUCAGACUGCCACUAAUGAAACGACAUCUUAAAGAUCAAGUGAAGGAGAAACAGAAAGGUUUCACAGCCAAGAGUUUGAGUAUAACAGAGCUCAUCUGCUCAGCGGACAUGGCUACAGGAGUCAAGGUCGGUGUUGUGUGUGCAUUGUACGGAGGUGCUGUUAGCAAUCUAGGAAGUUCAGAGCAGAAGGAAAAAUGGUAUCUCCCGGUUUCAGAGUUAGAAUUCACAGGCAUGUUCGCCAUGACCGAGAGGGGUCACGGUAGCAACGUACGGGGAAUUCUUACUGAAGCCCGAUACAAUCAAUCCACACAGGAGUUCAUAAUCCACACGCCCUCUAAAGACGCUCAGAAAAUGUACAUUGGAAACGCGAUGAAAGGAAACGUCGCUGCUGUAUUCGCUCAGCUCAUUAUAAACGGAGAGUUGCACGGCCCUCACUGUUUCAUCGUACCCAUCCGUGAUCAGAAUGGAGUCAUGUGGCCGGGAGUGAGUGUGAUUGACAUGAUGCACAAGGAAGGACUGCAUGGGGUUGACAAUGGCAUUCUGAUAUUUGAGCAUGUACGGAUACCCCGGGAAUAUCUGCUAAGCAAGUUUGGUUUUGUCGCCGCUGAUGGUCGGUACUCAUCGCCAAUCCCCAGUAAACAGAGCCGCUUUAAUGCUAUGCUGGCAGCACUGACGCCCACCCGUCUCUGUCUUACUGUACAGGCCAUGGCCGCCAUGAAGCUGGGGCUCAUCAUAGCCGUACGCUACAGUCACAGUCGCAGGCAGUUCGGUCCAAAGGACCAGGAUGAGGUGAAGAUCAUCGAGCAUCAGACGCAGAAUCUAAGAUUGAUGCCGCACCUGGCUGCUGCCCUCGCGCUCACCUUCACCACCAGGUAUGCCGCUGAUCUGAUGGAUGAUGCACUGUAUCAUGGGCGAGAUCUUCAAAGCAAUCGUUCUCUACAGGCGCUGGUCGCAGGACUCAAAGCGUACAGCACGUGGCAGAACCUCGCGUGUCUGCAAGACUGCCGUGAGUGUACUGGCGGCAUGGGUUUCAUGAUGGAAAACCGAAUCCCGUCUCUAAAGUGCGAUUCAGACGUCUUUGUCACAUUUGAAGGGGACAACAUGGUCAUGCUGCAGGUCGUGGUACGAGAGCUCUUGACUCAAUACACCAAACAGAUGGGAAACAACUUGGUGAUGGGAUUGUUAAGAAACUGGAGCAGCUCAGCCUCAGACAGCCUCAGAACCAGCUUUCUCAGCUUCAGCGUGGACAAAGUAGGAGACCUAACGUUCCUCCUGAAGGCGGUGAGGUACAGAGAAAGGGUGUUGCAACGUAGCCUAGCAAGUCGACUACACAGUAAGCAGGUGGAGAAAAACAAAGAAGAGUUUUUCAUGGCUUGGAACUCUUGUCUGCAUCAUGUGACCACUUUGGCUACGGCGCACAUACAUAGAGUGACCUUGGAGCAGUUCGCCCUGGCUGUUCAAGAAUGUCCCGAUGGAGACGACCGUGCCCUGCUCGAUAAGUUUUGUCUUCUUCACGGCACUAGUUUGGUGUACCAGGAGAGAGCGUGGUACCUGGAGCACAACUACCUGACCGCCAACGCCAGCAGACAGAUCCGCAGUCAGCUUUUGGAGCUGUGCAGGUCAGUAAAAGAUGAUGCAUUGAAGGUGGUCGCUGAUUUCAACAUCCCACCCUGCUGCAUACAGGCCCCUAUCGCAGGGGUCGCCAACCCCAGGGCAGAAUGGGCCUUCUACGCACAGCCGCAGUACCCUGGCGGCACCCAACCUCAGUCUAAGCUCUGAGCCGGUGUGUCAUCGCUGCCGCUGACUCUCGUCUUACUGGAACAUGAAGAAACAAUUGAGUGAUUUCAGGUAGCUGCUGGCCUUAGCGGGUCAGAAUUAAUUGGAGGUCAGGAUAGAAAAUAGUCAUUCUUAUUUCCCUGAUGUUACGUGAUGAAUUAUCACGCUUUGUGCCAAGAGGAACAGUACUAACAUGCUGGUAAUGGAGAAAAUUACAUUUUGUGUAUGAGAAAGGGAAUGUGAAUCAAGAACUUUAUAUAUUUGCCUUCAUUCGUGAUUAAUGUAUGUUUCUAAAAUGUAUUGUAAAUGAAGAAUGGGAUGCAGUGAUUUCACUCCCCAAACCUGAAUGAAAACUAUCCAAUGCACUGAAGUCCCAAAUGACAUGUUCAAUGUAUUUCGUAUGGACCAAGAUAUUAAUAUUAACAAGAUGCGUCACUGCCAUUGCCGCCCAAGCGAAGCUUUGCGCAUGCGUAUUAUCUGAAGCGACAUGAAAAAGAAUGUUUUUAAGCGCAAUUUGAUAAUAGGAAACAAACGUUAUGUGCCACUUAAUUGGGAUUUUAACAGGGGAUUGUAGAAAAAUCAGUAUUCCCAUUCACGUCUUGUUUGAAUUACGUAAUAAUUUACCGUAAAUGUCCGGAGGCGCGUUGCAAAGAUGGCCGCCGAGUGCCACGACUUCCCUUAACGACCUUUGGUAUGGACCAAAUGUAUAAUCUUAUUCAUUGUGUAUUUACGUAUGACCUAUUUAAGAAUUUCAUUUUUGAUUUAACUUGAAUAAUGCAAUCAUAAAAAAAGGAA